AUGAUUAAGGACUUGAUAUUACAGAGGGUAGAUGCCUCAAGUUCAAUUCACGAUCCUUUUCAAUGUUCUGAAAAUCUGCAAAUCGCAAUUAAUAAUGGUAGUCAACUCACCAUCUUAGACCCAAAACUACCUUUACUUCAUCAAAGCAUUAAUUCGGUUAAUGAUAUUAAAGUGCUUGAUCCGAAGGGAAUAUUCACACCAAAUACUAUACUUUAUCCGGAAGCUCUUGAUUCAUUACCCCUCAGAAGUUUUAAUAGAGUCGUCGUUGAGACGCUAGACGAGGGCUUCAACUUCAGUGGUAUAAAUGAGCCUAUGAUUACUAGUCAAAAGUGGUCUCCUGUCGAUCCCUAUUCCAGAGAUUGUCUUUUGGGGGUGUUGUUCAAUACAUGUGAAUUGUUGAUAUUUGAAAGAGCUAACAAUCAUCCUGAUCAAUACACUGUAAAAUACAAUCUUUUUGAUCAACUUAUUCUGCAAUUACAUUUAGAGAGUAGUGACUCGACAGAAAUAUUUGUGACGAAUGACCAGCUAGAAUAUUUGAGAAUCAAAAGCUUUGAUUUUACUUUAAUAACUUCAUCGAUGGAAUCUAUUUUAUUGCUUAGUGUCAUAUCAAACAACGGGACUUUGAUGAUCUACAAACUAGGGAUAGAUUCAUCACUUCAAGUCUUGAGCUCUUUUCAAACGAAUCAGAAUGUUGUUAAACAUCAAUGGUCUGAAUGGAGAGAAAACGAUGGGAAAAUUACUUCUUAUUUGUCUUUAAUUUGUUCCGAUAAUUCGGUCAGCUUCGUCACUGCUGAUUUCGAUAUCAAAACUGACCAUAUCGCAAUUCUGAUCCCACAAACUAUAAUAAAAAAAUCUAGAUUUCUCAUAAGUCAAGUAAAAUGGAUAUGUACUCGUUUUGAUGUUAUCUUGAUAGUUACUUCGACGGAUUCUUUGAAGAUUAUUUACAUUAAUGAUAUAAUUGAUCAGAAAGUACUAGUUCAGAGAUUAUCUAAUUUCAACUUUAUUUCUUCUAUCAUAUCUUGUCACACGAAUGAGAUUUUGACGCUUAUAAUAGGCUUUGAAAAUGGAGAAUUUGAAUCAUUCAUAUUAGAUUUAAAAAAGAAAAUUCUAUCGUCAAAACAACUGAACAAGUUAUUGAGUAACUUUGUAUCCAAAAGUUUAUAUAAGUUUCAGCUAACAAAUUCUUCACGAGAUGAACAAGAGCUUAUGGAAGUUAAAAUGGAGAAUGAGAUCUCCAGCCCUUCUAUUACACCAAAGCCACCUUCGGACUUAACAAGACCUUACUUGAGUCAAAUAGUGGAAGGAGAUUUUACUUUAUGCGGAAUGUCAUUAAGCUCGCGAGGAAUCAUAUCAAUAGUCUAUAAAAUUGUACCUAAGAAUGUGAUGAAUUACACCAUCUUGUCAAAAAGUGAAUUACACAUUGGCUUCUUACAUGCCGCUGAACUUUGCAAUGAUUCUGAACCUGAAACGAAAUUGACUUCUAUACAAUUCAUAAAUCAAUUGUGGCUUACUAACUAUAAAAAUAUAGCAGCAUUUCCUAAGCUUCUUGGUGAUAAACAAGAAGAAAUCUCUAAAUUUGUAUUUAACAUACUGGCUUUUAAAGAAGAAAACUUGAUAGACAUAGAUAAACUAUCAUUAAUCAUUGACAAUAAUGCAAUUAAUUCGAACUUUACGAGUUACUUACUACAAAAUUUCAACAAUAAUGUGGGUCUAAAAAAACUACAAAUUUUAUAUAACUUCAAUUUAGUCUUAUUAGGCUCUUUGAAGAUAUUGAAACAGUAUGAUAACGAAGAUUGCAACAAAUUGUUAACGAAAUUGCAUAACGAACAGGAGCAAAUUGAUCAUUUAAUUAGCAAGCACUUGAGUAAAAUAAUAUUGAAUUAUAUCCAUGAAAAGACUCAUGAUGAAUAUGACAAAUUUCUCGCAAUUAGUCACUUUCUCCAGUUGGGAGCUCCGGAUGAAGAUCAGUACAAGAAAAGUUUACCAGAAAGUUCUGAAAUAUCUGUUCAAACUAAAUUUUUUCAAGAAACGUUCAAAGCUACAAUCGAUGAUAUUAACACUGAACAAGUGUUAAUAAAAUCUACUUCGGAUCACCAUUGGUCUAGAUGCAAGUUGACUUUAUUGCCAUUGUUGGAAAUGACGAAUAAUAUAGAUGAACUAAAUAAGUUUAACUAUGUUCCUGGAUUAGUAUGCACUAAUGGAAACGCUUUCACUAACCAGCUUCGAAGGUCCAUAAAUUAUUGCAUAAUAACAGGAAAUAAAACUUAUUCAUUUAGCUGA